UCCUCACUCAUACUCCUUAUGAGUCUGAUUUCUAACUUUAGUCAUUCCUUAUUCCUUCUAAAUGUCCCUCCUGGGGUCCAGCCUGUAUGUGUGAGGUCCAGGUUGAGUGUGAGUGAACGAGCAAGGAACUGGUUACCCAUGAAGAUGUGAAGCCCUAAAUCCCCUCUGUCCUGGACUAAAGGUAUUUUUGAGAGGGGAACUUCAAGUUCAUGGAUCUUGGGAAUCUUACUAUGGUAUCUGAGUUUGUCUUCUUGGGUCUCUCACAAAUAUGGGAGUGGCAGAGUUUCCUGUUCCUGGUGUUUCUGUUUGUCUAUACUACUACAAUACUGGGCAACAUCCUCAUUAUGGUCACAGUGACCUUUGAUUCCCGGCUUCACACUCCCAUGUAUAUCCUACUUCGAAACCUGGCCUUCCUGGACCUGAGUUCUUCCUCAGUUACUACCCCUAAGAUGUUGAUUGACUUCCUCUCAGAGACCAAGACCAUUUCAUACAGUGGCUGCAUGACCCAGAUUUUCUUCUUCCACUGCAUUGGAGGGGCUAACCUGUUUUUCCUCUCAGUGAUGGCAUAUGACCGCUAUAUUGCUAUCUCCCGUCCUCUCCAUUAUGUCUCUAUCAUGAAUACACAAUUAUGUGUGGGACUGAUGGUAGCUGCUUGGGUGGUAGGCUGUUUACAUUCAUCUAUUCAGUUGAUUCUUCUUCUCCCAUUGCCAUUCUGUGGCCCCAACCUCAUAGAUAACUUCUAUUGUGACAUCCCUCAGGUUCUAAGACUGGCCUGUACUGAUACCUCCCUCCUGGAGCUCCUAAUUAUCACCAACAGUGGGUUGCUGGUCAUCAUCUGGUUCAUCAUCUUGAUGGUCUCCUAUACAGUCAUCCUAGUGGUGCUGGGAUCCCACUCAAGAGAGGGGAGGAGAAAGGCUGCCUCCACUUGUACCACUCACAUCAUUGUGGUAGCACUGCAUUUUGUGCCUUGUAUCUACACCUAUGCUCGGCCCUUCACCACCUUCCCCACAGACAAAGUCAUUUCCAUCAGCUACACAGUCAUGCCCCACAUGUUGAACCCCAUGAUUUAUACUCUACGGAACCAAGAGGUGAAGUCAGCUGUGAGACGGUUGUGGACACAACACUCAUUGCCUAGAAGAGAUUGACCAUCAUGGUUCAUGAGGGAUAUUUUGAGACAACCUAUUGCACUCAGUCUCUCUCUCUUUAACCCUUAGGCUUUAAAGAGUUGGGGUGUAUAUGAAUAAGAGAACCAGGGUACAUUGGUAUCCAGUUCAAUAAACAUUUAGUAAAACAUCUUCAGUGGGCAAAGCACUGUAUUAAGUGCGAGGAAUCAUAAAACAGAUCCUGUCCACAAGGAAUUUGUCAUCUUCUGGGAGUGGGAGUAAUAU